AUGAGAAGCUUAAACAUUCCAAUUGAUGGAAAUGUACUUAAAGAACAAGCACACUUUUUUGCUUCCAAAUUAAACAUCAAAGAUUUUAAAGCAUCGUAUGGUUGGUUACAGAAAUUUAAAUUUCGGAAAGGUUUGAGUGUCCGGAAAGUGUGUGGUGAAAGUGCAGCAGUAGACACGUCAUCAGCAAAUGAAUGGAAAGAAGAAAAGUUGAAAUUGCUUCUUUCUGAAUACGCUGCAGAUGACGUUUUUAAUGUGGACAAAACAGCUUUGUUUUUUAAAAUUUUGCCAGAAAGAACAUUAGCUUACAAAGGAGAUAAAUGUGUUGGAGGUAAUAAAGCUAAAGAGAGACUUACAGUUUUGAUUGCAGCCAACAUGACUGGGUCACAAAAAUUGCCUCUGCUCUUUAUUGGAAAAUAUAUGAAACCAAGGUGUUUCAAAAAUGUUCAGAAGAUUCCUGCUGCAUAUUACGCUAAUAAUAAGGCCUGGAUGACUAGCAACAUCUAUGAAAAAUGUUACUUGAAGACAUCUUAA